AUUAAGCCGAUGCUGGCUUGUUUUAUUAUCGCUGCUCGACGAUUUCGUAAAGAAAUUCACGGUCGAAAGCUGUGACAGAGGAACGCAAAUUGCUAACUCCCUGUUUCGUUCUCUCACUCCACACACACAGGGUCAGUUUCAGAGUUGUUUCGAAUUUAUUCCGAGAGUUUUUAGCUACUAAUAUUAGUGUGGACGACUAUUUUCUGAAGAUUGUUAUCUUUGGCUUAAAAAAAAUUGUGCGGGAGUGCGAAUUUCUUUGACUUGGAGAGGCUGGAGGUUGAAUGUAAAAUACUUGUCUGAGGACUGCAGUGUGUUUUUUUGGUGUGUUGCUGAUGUGUGAUGGGAGUGAGUGGACUGCUCCCUCCGAUGGUGUUGUGUCACGCCAGCCCGCCGCUCGUUGCAUUGCACUUGGACAGCACUAACGAUGAUGGCUUUGGUGCGCAGAUCCUAUAAUGACAAACACAUUGGCGGUGGAUGUGGAAGCCAUCGGUUGCCUGCGUCAGGGGUUUAAGGAAUUUCGAACAAGAUACAGGAUUUUUUUUUUUGCUGGCAAUACUAUACUGUCCCUGGAUCGAGGGUGGAGGAGGGAGAGAUUUUUUGGAUUGUCCGGGAGCCUUGCCAUGCGGAUGAAUUGCGUAAACAGGAAGGAAAGGAGAACGGUGCCAGGUCUGUUGGAGUGUCCGUGAAGUGAGCUGCAUUGAGUUGCGAGCUGUGCUGGAGUUUCGGCGGGCGCUAAAGUGGCAGAGUAAUUUUCCACAAACAUGGCCACAUUCUGGAAGACAUUGCUGAUUGUGGAUUGCUUCUUCCUGGGAGUCCUCAAAGGGCCCCACCUGGCUCUGUGCCAGAUGUUACCAGAUGUUUACCCCAACGAAGUCGAAAUAAGGGUCGCCCUCCAUUCAACUUUCACCCUGACGUGCUCAGGGGAGAAUGAGGUGGACUGGGAGUUGCCGUUUUAUGAUAUUAAGGAGAACAUCAACAAAACAAAUGAAAACAACAAUAGCGGGAACUUUAUACAAACACUCGAGGUUACCAAAGCAUCAGGGAUCCUCACUGGGAAGUAUAUCUGCUACUACCCAGCACUUCAGUACGACGACAAUGAUGAGAUUGAAGGCCGGGGUAUUUAUGUGUUCGUUCCAGAUCCCGACUAUCCUUUGAUCCCACAAUUGCAUUUUGAGAAUGUAGUAAUAGUAGCAGAGGGUGAAGAGGCUGUGAUUCCGUGUCGAGUUUCUGAUCCAGACGUGCAUGUCACCUUGACUAAUAUUGAUACCAAGAACAUAAUCUCCGCUACCUAUGACAAUAAAGAGGGAUUCAAAGGCCCCUUCAGAGAGGGGAUGUAUGUCUGCAUCACAACAGUCAAUGGUGUGGAGCACAGAUCCGAGGAGUACAUUGUUAAUACAUUUAAAGUGGGUAAGGAUCUGAAAGUUGAAAUAGAAGCCAUUAAAAGUAUAGUUAAAGUCGGAGAGAGCAUCCGUGUAACCUGUUCAGUAGUGGACAAUGAAGUGGUGACUAUCAACUGGAAUUAUCCAGGAGAAAAUGGGAAGGAAGAUCUCAAGGAAGUUAAACACCCAUACAUAAAAAUAACGAAGACUCUGGAAAUUGAGAAUGCCACGCUGGAAGAUGCUGGAAUCUAUGAAUGUUCUGUGUCACAUGCAACUCAAGACACCUCCAGUAAAAAGCAGGUUCACAUCCAAGUUAAUGAGAAGGGCUUUAUACAUUUGAAUCCCAGUUUUGGGGAAGAAGAGUUUGCAGACCUGCAUGAAGUCAAGCAAUUUGUGGUCAACAUUGAGGCCUACCCAGUACCCACUGUUCGGUGGCUAAAAUACAAUGUUACUCUGCAUGAGGAUAACAAUGAAGUGAUGAUCAACACCAUUAAAGCCCAGGAAAACAGGUAUCAAAGUAAUUUAACCCUGAUUCGUGCAACGAAACAAGACAGUGGAGCCUACAGCAUCAUUGUUGAACAUGAAGAUAAUAGUACUAUCUUUACAUUCUUCUUGCAGGUGAAAGUGCCAGCAAAGAUCAUCAAUCUUUAUGACGAGCACCAUGGCUCUGCAAAUGGCCAGAUUGUUUCAUGUUCUGCAGAUGGGACACCCAGCCCAGAGGUCGAAUGGCUAAUCUGUACAGACCUAAAAAAGUGUGCAAAUGACUCAAUGCUGUGGAAUGUUCUCCACAGUAAUUCGACUGGUAUAAGUAUCGAGACCCAUCAGACAAAGACAAAUCUUGUAGAGAGCAAACUGACCUUUCUGAAAGUGGAUAACACAGUGGCUGUGAAAUGCAUUGCAAAGAACGAGCUUGCAGUUGUUGCACGUGAAGUCAAACUGGUGGCUCACAAUCCACACUCCGAAUUAACUGUGGCGGCUGCAGUAUUGGUGCUGUUGGUUAUCGUGAUCAUUUCUCUGAUAGUGCUAGUUGUAGUUUGGAAACAGAAACCAAGAUAUGAGAUAAGAUGGAGAGUCAUUGAAUCCAUAAGUCCGGAUGGCCAUGAAUAUAUUUAUGUUGACCCGAUGCAACUUCCCUAUGAUACUAGAUGGGAGUUUCCUCGGGAAGGACUUGUCCUUGGCCGCAUCCUUGGUUCUGGGGCAUUUGGAAAGGUUGUUGAAGGAACUGCAUACGGUUUGAGUCGCUCACAGCCUGUCACGAAAGUUGCAGUGAAAAUGCUGAAACCUACAGCUCGUUCCAGUGAGAAGCAGGCCUUGAUGUCAGAGCUGAAGAUAAUGACCCACCUCGGUCCACAUUUAAACAUUGUUAAUCUGCUUGGGGCUUGCACAAAAGCAGGUCCCAUUUACAUCAUUACAGAAUACUGUUUCUAUGGGGACCUGGUCAACUACCUGCAUAAAAAUAGGGACAGUUUUAUUAAUCGAUAUUCUGAAAAAGGAAAGAAAGAAAUGGAUAUUUUUGGUAUAAACCCUGCUGAUGAAAGCACACGAAGUUACGUGAUCUUGUCUUUUGAGAGCAAUGGGGACUACAUGGACAUGAAACAAGCAGGAAGCACCCAGUAUGUGCCAAUGUUGGAAAGGAAAGCCAGCUUCAAAUAUACUGACAUCCAGCAGCAUGUGUACGAUCAUCCACCUUCACAGAAAAAGAAGUCCUUAACAGAUACAGAUGAAACAUGGAAUCCUCUUUCAGAUGACAGCUCGGAGGGGCUUUCUUUCAUGGAUCUAAUCAGCUUCACCUUUCAAGUUGCACAAGGAAUGGAGUUUCUAGCUUCUAAAAAUUGUGUGCAUCGUGACCUGGCAGCACGUAACGUGCUUCUAGCGCAAGGAAAAGUUGUCAAGAUCUGUGACUUUGGUCUGGCACGAGACAUCAUGCAUGACUCCAACUAUGUUUCUAAAGGCAACACUUUCCUACCUGUGAAGUGGAUGGCUCCAGAGAGCAUAUUUGACAACAUGUACACUACGCUAAGCGAUGUUUGGUCUUACGGCGUUCUUCUGUGGGAAAUAUUCUCCUUGGGUGGCACGCCAUAUCCAGGAAUGAUGGUAGAUUCCAACUUUUACAAUAAGAUAAAGAGUGGCUACAGAAUGACGAAACCUGAACAUGCUUCUUCAGAUGUCUAUGACCUGAUGGUGAAAUGCUGGAACAGUGAACCGGAGAAAAGGCCUUCCUUUAGCUGCCUGGCUGAGAUUAUUGGGUGUUUGUUGCCAGAGGGCUACAAGAAGAGCUACAAACAGAUGAACGAUGACUUUCUGAAGAGCGACCAUCCGGCUGUUGCUCGCAUGCGGGUAGAAUCCACGGACCCUUACAUUGGAAUUAACUACAGCAAUGAGGAGAAGAAGAAAGACAGGGAGAGUGGUUUUGAUGAGCAACGGCUAAGUGCUGACAGUGGUUAUAUUAUCCCACUGCCUGAUAUUGACCCAAUCACAGACAGUGACCCCACUUCUUCAAGAAACCGCCACAGUUCCCAGACAUCUGAAGAAAGCGCAAUAGAGACCGGUUCCAGCAGCUCAACUUUUAUAAAGCGUGAGGAUGAGACCAUAGAAGACAUGGAAAUGAUUGAUGACAUGGCCAUUGAUCCCUCAGACUUGGUGGAAGAUAGCUUCCUGUAACCAGCUACAUUGUAGAAAAAUAAACAUACCCUAUCCAGCUAUGUCCUUCUCUAUAACCACUUACUGAAGCAUGCCCAAGGAGAGAACUUGAUGUACAUCUCAAAACGGGACCAAUUUGGAAAGAUAUCUUGGGACAACAUUGUGAUUCGUAUUGUAGAACAUAUCAUAUGUCUAUUUCAAUGCAUUAUUUUUCUAUUAUGGUACACUCUAUUGUUUUAUUGUGCGUACACACUGCCAUUCUUCUGGACUAAACAUAAGGCUAUACAAAGUUACUUGUGUGUUUCAAAGACUCUUUGCUACAUGUUAGAUGGUUCUUAUAUCUGGAUAUUUGAUCACAUUCAUCAGAUGCUUCAUAUGCACAGAAUGAUAACCAUUACUAAGAAUGUAUGCUUUGUACGUAUUGUUGUAUCAUAUUUUUUCUGCAGCUGAAGAUUAACAAUGAUUAUCAUUCUCCAGGUGGAUUCCAAUAAGUGAUUUACCAUUGUUUUCAGACACCAAUGCACACCUUCACUUAUUAUGUGUUCUUUUCAGUGCUUACUUCCUAAUGAUAAAAUACUUUUUUUCUUGCAAAGCACAAUUUUUGGGAGUAACUACACGUAAAGAAUGCACUUUGGAUCUUUGUAAGAUCCUAGACUUGAAUAUUUCAAAUGUUUGUGCAAAUUGAUGAAAACAUCACCAGUGUGACUACGACCUGCAUUGAAAAGCUAAACUAAGAGCUUGGAAUCAUUUGUUAUACCUCGGGUAGUAGAUUGAGCCAACACCUGAACUGACUUGUAAUCAUGCAAUCAUUAGGAAAUCAAAGGAUUUACUGAGCUUGGAAAACUGGUGCAGUUGAACAAGUUGUAAAUGACCUGGUAGGAUUGUGGUGAAGACAUGCCAAGAGUUAUGAAGAGGAAUUACUGAAGAAAAAUCACUUUAAAAGGAGCUAAAAGGAAAAGCAAACUGCUUCUUUCGAGCCAGUCUGAAGAAUGAAUCUGGUCAUGGAGAGCUUUGGUUAAAUAGUAGACAACUGACACCAAUACUUUAUGGGCCAAAUAGUACAACCACUUCUGCAAUUUUUAGGAGGAUGCCACAAAGCACAGUAUUCCAUUAUGUAAAUAUUGUAAAUUCAGUCUCACUAAUUCAGUCGAAACUGAACGUUAAUUCAUUCUGAGGCAUCGCAACUUGCUGAUUGAAGUGGUCAUGUGAUAUCAAACUGAACUUGCCUAUGACCAAAAAGGAAAGAACCCUACAAAUGUUCUGGGAACUCAAGCUGGAGAAUUGAAAUAUAUUACAAAACUGAAAUCUUUACAGUUAAAGGAUCAACUUUGAACUGAACUCACCAUCUUCUUCUUGCGUAUGGCGUGCACAGCCUAAAGUUGUAGGACAACUUGUUCUAUUUGAUCUUAUUUGAUUGUGCACGCCAGGUUGAUUGCAUUCGUCGAAACAGGGCGGACCACGUGAAGGUUGCAAUCUUCCCACCCCAACUCACCAUGUAGUGACAGUUACUUUUGACUGGUUUACAUGCUAAAAACCAGUAAAAUGGAUAAUUUAAUGGCAA